AUGAUUGGUAACGGUAGAAGAAUGAAUAGUCAUAUUGUUAGUCUUAUCUUAAAUGAUUUAACGGGAACCAAGACACCAAUUGCAUAUUUCAUUACUAAUAUCUAUAAUCACAGUAAUGCACAACCACAAGGUCAAAUUGAUGGUGAACUCAGCAUAAUGAGAGACGUUUAUCCGAAUAAUUCAAUACAGAAAACUAAAUAUUAUUAUGAAUUCGAUGUAUUGGCUGAUAAAGAUGAAAAUAUUAUUCGUGAUAGUAAAGAUAUUUUAAUUGACUCACAGCCAUACAUAAAUGAUUUAACAAAUGCAAAAAAAAACUCGAACAAAAGAUUUUUUGAGUUAACGUCAUUUAUUGCAAAUAAUCAGAAUGCUAAUGACUUUGCUGGAUUUGUUACUUUAACACUUCACAAUCGAGGCUUCUGGGAACAGAUAUUGGAUGAUAUUAUUGCAUUGAUACAUCUUCAAUUCAUCUCUGUUGAAAUGCCCGCUAAAUUUUUCGUAUAUGGUAGCACGCUGGAAACGUUUUGGUCGGCUUUUCACGACAAAUGA